CAGAUUAGCACCCAGUGAAAUACUCUCGAUUCUCAACGAUGACUGACACCGACCCCCCCAGUCAUAGUUUUAUGGAGUGCAUUUUUUCUAGUGCAGUUUCAUGUAUUUUUUCUGUUAAAAAUAUAUUGCAGUCAUGAGUAUACAAAGUUCAGAUGAAUUGGUUGAGUAUGUGAGGAGAAGGAUGCUCUGGAUGAAAAAUGAAGUCAAGCUACGGGAGCAUGAGAGGCUGAAGCAAAAGAUGAUUGAAGAGUACGAGAGAAAAAGAGCUGAGGAGCUGGAGCUGAAUCGCAAGCGAAAAUCACCAUGUAGGUAUGAAAACAGAAGUUCUAGCAGGUUUGGAGGGACCCAUCAUCAUAGUCAAACCAAGCACAUGAGCAGCAGAUCUCAAGUCAUGCCAGAAAUACUUAAUUCAUCGGAAGGAAACAAAUCUAUUUUCAAUGGACCAGAAGAAGCUCCAAAAUUCAAUGAGCCCGCAAUUGUAGUAACAAAGCACAGAAAAAUUACCGCAUCUGGAUCUGAAACUAACGAGAUUCGAAGAAAUAUUGUGAAUCAUGAGGAAAUAACCUUAAAACGAAGACAUGAAGAAGGAUCUAAGCCUAUAUUUGAUCGGGAGGAAAUAAAACAGUUUGAAUCUAAGUCAAUCGAAGAACAUCGGACAAUUCGAGAUGUUAGAAAAAACAAUUUAGUGGAAAAAUCAUCAUCAUAUACCAAACGCCGAUCUGUGUCGUUAAGUCCUCGCCGGCAUCGAAGUCCUAGUCCUCGUGCUGACUCUAAUACAUAUACUCACCGGUCGAGACUUAAUUCAUCGGAAGGAAACAAAUCUAUUUUCAAUGGACCAGAAGAAGCUCCAAAAUUCAAUGAGCCCGCAAUUGUAGUAACAAAGCACAGAAAAAUUACCGCAUCUGGAUCUGAAACUAACGAGAUUCGAAGAAAUAUUGUGAAUCAUGAGGAAAUAACCUUGAAACGAAGACAUGAAGAAGGAUCUAAGCCUAUAUUUGAUCGGGAGGAAAUAAAACAGUUUGAAUCUAAGUCAAUCGAAGAACAUCGGACAAUUCGAGAUGUUAGAAAAAACAAUUUAGUGGAAAAAUCAUCAUCAUAUACCAAACGCCGAUCUGUGUCGUUAAGUCCUCGCCGGCAUCGAAGUCCUAGUCCUCGUGCUGACUCUAAUACAUAUACUCACCGGUCAAGACAUAAUUCAUCGGAAGGAAACAAAUCUAUUUUCAAUGGACCAGAAGAAGCUCCAAAAUUCAAUGAGCCCGCAAUUGUAGUAACAAUCCACAGGAAAAUUACCGCAUCUGGAUCUGAAACUAACGAGAUUCGAAGAAAUAUUGUGAAUCAUGAGGAAAUAACCUUGAAACGAAGACAUGAAGAAGGAUCUAAGCCUAUAUUUGAUCGGGAGGAAAUAAAACAGUUUGAAUCUAAGUCAAUCGAACAACAUCGGACAAUUCGAGAUGUUAGAAAAAACAAUUUAGUGGAAAAAUCAUCAUCAUAUACCAAACGCCGAUCUGUGUCGUUAAGUCCUCGCCGGCAUCGAAGUCCUAGUCCUCGUGCUGACUCUAAUACAUAUACUCACCGGUCGAGAUCCAGUAGAAGCGACGAGGAAUACAAAUAUCACGUCCGAUCAGAAGACCGUACUCAUGGAAGACGAGAUAGAAGAGAUUCCUUUAGGGAACGAAUACUACUUCCUGCCCAAUACGUCGAACUCGUAGAAACCCCCAUUUACAGUCCGGGAUUCGCUCCAAGACCAAUGUUAGCAGAGGCCGCCCACUCAUGGGUCCAUCACCUCGUCCGCCCUUCCCGCCGCCACAAUUCGCAGGACCACAGGAGAUUGUACUGGAAUGUGCUACCCGAUCCACGCAAGUCCUUUUCUUUAAAUAGAGAAGCAGUUCAGCUUUGAUUGUAAAGCGAUGGUAAUGAAAUUCAAAUAAUCAACGCACGUUUUUUUUCAUUCUGUAACAGGCUUUGGUGGACAACGUGGACGACGGAUGUUUUAAACCAAAUCACGCUGUGGAUAUUUCAGUCGACAUUAAACUGAAAACCCACAUGUAAACUCAAAAUUUUUAUACAUCGAGAAACACAUCCGAGGCCAACUAAAGGAAAUGUACUAUAAAAUAUUACAACACAAAUGCGAGUUAGAAGUAUUUAUAAACGAAAUCGCUAUAGCCACAAUCUCGCCCGAGGAAUUCGGAUACAGGUUAAUGGAAUCAAACGGUUACAUAGGCGUAAUAGCAGGAGAAACCGUACACUUAUUGAAAUGUUUGCGCGUAGAAGUGCGAAUAAGAAACACAACUAAAUACUACGACUAAUUACCAGUGCAACGAGAAGAAGAACAACUAUUCUUAACACCAAGAACAAGAUUAUUAGUAAGAACCGGCACGCAAAUAACGUGCGGCACUAGAAUGCCAGCGAUGUUCCAAAUCGGUAGCCUCUAGUACAAAAUGCUACGGAUGGCAGUAGUUGCAGAAGCACCAGAAACACUGAAGCCACAAACCAAACCAACAUGGAAAUAUAUGUGCCCCGAAACCCUAACCAUAGGAGGGAUAUACGGAGAACAAGAUCUAAACCGACUUCGAGAUAUGAUAUUUUUUCCAAUAAAGAAACCAGACUCCAAUAGAGUUUUACAGUACUAAAGAAAGUCGCACAAGGAAUAACCGGGCGAAAAGAUAAUCAAGAAGGAAUUGCCAUUACGAACUUAUUCGACGAACGAGCACUAGCCGACAUUGCAGAAGAUACAUGGGCAAAAAUGUGGUCAAGCUUUUUAACGUUUGGAACCGCAAACGCAGGAAUACUAGGAGUAGUAUUAAUUGGGAGGAUGAUAAAACUAUUGGUGGGCACAAUAAUACAUGGAUACGCGAUCUACAGCCUAUAUGGAUUCUCUAUACAUCUAGUAGGAGCCAUAUGGAAUUUAGUAACCCAAUUAGUGCUACAUUUUGGACAGCAAAAAAAGAACUAAGAGUACAUUGAGAAACCAACUGAGACCGACGAGAACCCGAAUGAAGGGAAAGAAUUAAUAGGAAAAAGAGAAUAUAAACCCGGAACGGCACCUGUACCUAAGGAAAGACCGUACACGCCAAUCUACCCCAGACCAGAUUCGGUAUAACAAGCAAAAAAAAAUCAACACACAUUUCGCAAUAUAAAUAAACAAACACAAAAAAUGCAAAGAACAAAGAUUUAUUUUUCACUUUUUUUAGACAUUUUUUUUUUACUUUAUUCACAACAAUAUACACAAAAACAUUCAGGAGGUCGUUGCCUAGUAAGGAAUGAGGCACAGCGGCUGUAAAACAAAAAAAAACAAUUAGAAAAGGAAAAUUAGAGAAAGUAAAAAAAGAGAAAAAUCAAAAAUUAAAAAAAAAAAUAAAAAACUUACGCCAUACCUUCCCAGCGCAUCAUAAUAGGAGGAGUACCCAAAAGAUUUUGACAAUGUGAACAUGAGAGAGAAGAAAAUUCCGGCUCCCACCUUUCAUAGUGACAAGGCACGAAACGAUCCCGAUAAUCAAUAGAAGAAUAACGUAAAAUUGUUUCGUUUUUAUGUGAUUUUGAAAUUAUCCGAAGCCCCCACCACUCCCCCACCAAAUUAUUGCUAUUAACUUACUACAAAUGUAUCAAGUUUAAAAUGUGUUAAUGUUUAAAGUUUAAAAUUUUCUAUAAACAUAAUGCUCUCAAAAUGCUCUCUGCGUUAUCGAGCUUGAGACCGUCAUAUUUUUACUAUGUUAUUAAAUAGUCAAAUAUUAUACACAUUAAAUGAGUCUAAGGAACUUAAUGUAAAACUUGAAGAGUAUAAUUAUCCAUUGAAUAAUUAUAUUAAUUUAACAAGAAGUAUACUAGAUAUCCAACAAAAGACAGUUUUCCACAGUACCCAAGGGGUACUGUCAGCACAUUAUAUUAAUUAUAAUACAAUAUACAUUAGGCGCGUUGAUAUUUUUUUUUUUUUUUUUUUUUUUAAUUAUAUUAUUCAAACUUACGCGGUAAAUUUUGGCUUUACUUAAGGGUUGGCGCAUGCGCAGUCCACUAUAUACUCUCCUUUACAUCCAUAAUAUAUAGGAAGAAAUUAUACAGUUUAUAUAAUUCUUUUAAUUUAUAUAUACUUUUUACAAUUACAAAACACAGGGCAUAAAAACUUUAUGUAUGGAUGUUGUAUUU